AAUCAAAAAUGUCAUUUCGACUAAAUAUGGUACAACCAAUUUUAACCUUGAUCUAUAAUCCAGCAUGUAAUAAAUGUAAUAAAGCACUAUCAAUUCUUCAUAAAACAUUAGAACAACAACCGGGUAUAUUUAAUUUGGACUUAUUGGAUUACCAAAAAACUCCGCUUACUCGAGACCAAUUACGAAAUAUCGUUCAAUACCUUAAUAUUGAAAAUGAUUUAAGCAAGAUUUUACGAAAUGAAGAUGGAACGGUGAAAGAAGGAGAUGCAACAACUAAAAUAGAACAACCUAAAUCCAUUCAAGAGUUAACUAAUAUCAUUAAAGAACAACCUAUUAGAUUGCAAAGACCUAUUUUAGUUGAUUGGGACAAAGGUAAAGCUAUCAUUGCUCGCCCUGCUGAGAAAGUUGAUGGAUUUUUAAAAGAGUUGGGAUAUACAAAGGAAUGAAUAUAAGAAGGAAAAGAGAUUUUAUGAAAUUAUUAUAGAAAAGUAUAGUUUGUUGAAGUUGAUAUUGUUGAUCGGCGCUUUAUUUCAGCCAUAUUUUUUUUUUUUCGUAUAAAAUCUCAUUUUAAUGAGUUACAAAUUUAAAGUUCAUAUCGGAUCAUCUUCCGCGAAACUUAGUACGACUCUUAAAAUAACACGUAAUUACUUUUGGUUAAUUUAAUUUUUGAGCUAAACUAAAUGGGAAAAGUAUAACCGUAAUUAAAAUAUAUUAUCGUAAAAUAGUUAUAUAUGAUCUUUUUGAAAAUCAAGAUGUAUAACGUCAAUAUGAGAUAAAUGUUUUUUUUUUAA